CGGGAAGUCCCCGAUGUAUGACACGAUUUAGCACAUUCUGUAAUUUGUUUUAUUUAAAAGAGGAAUCGCUUGUCCUAAUAAGAAACAAGAGGACAUCGAACGUGUUAUCUGACAACCAAUCCUUUUCAUGCCAUGGAAGACGCUGCCAAUAUGACAGAGAUGCAGGCUUGAGGAGGAAUGGUUGUGCACCAUGUCCAGGCUGCCGAGCAUUGUGACAACCGACAGCGAACCAACAGAUUCCCCCCAGUCAUCUUCGGGCUCCGUGGGGUCAGGGACACAGCCUCCAAGCAUGUCUGGGUCAUCACCACCACCGCGGGGUGGCCAGGGCGCCAGGAAGAAGAUACCUCCUGAUAUACGCUCGGUGGACAGCGGAUAUUGCGAAACAAGCCCUGCUCAACGCGUUGUUUCAGAUGCUGUACCAUCUAUGGAACCAGUAAGCAUGGAAACCAUGAACCUCCAGCCGUCUGGAGGGAGCUCAGUAGACCUCCCUGCCUCUACCAUGGACACAGUCAGUCACAUCAGAGACCAUCUGGUACACCAAAUCCAGAAGUCAGUGGGUGGGAAAGGAAAGAAGGAAGACUCCUCCUCAAUGACCCUUGCUUCUAUUCCAAGCUCCUCCUCUCCCUCAUCCUGCUCAUCCUCCAGUGGUGCCCAGGAUGUGACGGAGGAGGACAUUCAGAAGCUCCUGAAUGAAAUGCCACCUGACAUGAGGGUUGAUUUCCAAGAUGCCAUGGUGCUGUACUGUGAAGAGGAUAGGGACAGAGUUAUGGACUUUGUUGAUCAUUUCAAAGAAAUUAGCUUAUUUGGCGUUGACACGCCGAAGAUUGUAUUAAAUGAUGAGAUUGCCAUAUCAAUUGGAUCAAAGUUCAAGGCAUUAGAGUUCGGCAUUGAUAGAUGCACUUACGUUUUCCUCUAUAUAACAGAUUUGUUUUGUCGUGAUUCUUGGUCUGAAUAUUCUAGUGAGACUUGUUUAAUGGAAGCUAUUCAUAAUCCUGACAAAAAAUGGUGUGUUGUGCCAGUGUUCACAGAACCAAAGCGAAAAGCUAGUUUCCGAAUCCCUCCAAGUCUUAAUUCAUUGAAGGGAAUUCAGUACUGGACAAAUGACAAGUUUUUCAGAGAUUCAGUGCAAAAACUUUUAGAGGAGAAGUUGUACAUUAGGAAAAAAAAUGAAAGACAGUUGACAAGAGAAAGAAAAGAAUGGGUGACAAAAUAUAGAAUAGAAAAAUAUGAGGAUGAAGUACAAGAACAGAAGGAAAAUCUUGCUCGACAGAAACGUGAAAAUGAUGCAAGGAUAGCAAGGGAGAACAAGAUGGCGGAGAUGAAAAGAUUAGAAAGGGAGGAGCAGCUGCAACAUGAUUUGGAGUUGAAUCGUCUGAAGAGUCAGUCACAGAGCGACAUGCAGAGUAUGUUGCAACAGUUUGCUCAGAAGUUUAAUGUUUCACCGAACUUAAAAUCUACUGAAUCUAGAAGUGAGGAAAGCGUUAUACCCCCUCCUGAUGUUACACCAAAUGAAUUCAUGCAGUGGCUGAGACAUAUGUCGGGGCAAUCAUCAGAGCAUCUGCAGUCUGUUGGUAGUCAUACAGACUCAAAUACACAAGCUACAUCAUCGAUGCCAAGAUCUGCCUCUGAUCAUAUUGGCUUGUCUUCAAGGGCAAGUAGAGAUAGAUGCGGGAUGCGUGGGCUGCAGGAGACGAGUGUGGACCCACCUGGAGGUGAUGAGGGCAGUACUGGCUUCAGCGUCCUUCCAGGAAACAGGAAGAAUACUGGUUCCGCAGGUGUUGCUAAGUUCUUUAGCCUUCCUAACCGGCCUGCACAUGGAGAUAGUGAUACUUCACAAGCAAAAAGUUUGCCUCCUGAAGCAUCUAUUGAUGAUCUAGAAGAAGACUUCAAGUCUAUAGGUCCUGGGUCGCUUAAUCCAGAUUACUCAUACCAGGAUUCACGCCGGGGAGGACACACUCCAUCCCAGAGACCACGAGGCAGAGAUGCCCCAUCUGGUUCUUCAAGGUCACAGUUGGUUAGAGAGGCUGUUCCUCAGACACCGGAUCAAGACAGUUUAGGUUCAGACUGUGGGCAAGGUGAUCCAUCCGUGUUGACAGGAGGUAAGCCUGCAAAAAACGUUCACUACCACUACCAUUAUUAUGGUGAUCCAGAGGACAAGAAGAGUUCAUCAGCUGAGAAGAAAGAGCCAGUUCCUGUUAACAUAGUUGGGGCCACGGUUGUUCAGAUAGGGAAUGACAACACGGUGAAGUUGCUAGGGGGGCAGGUGGUGACAGGUGCUGAGGAAUUCGCGGUGGACAGUGAGGAAGAAGAUGAGGAUCUUCCAACGCUUCCAAAGGAACCAGGAGGUGGGCCUGCGCUGUCAGCAGUUUCAGGAAGUCAGCCGCCAUCCACCAUAUACCAAGACAACAACCCAUCAGUGGCUCCUCAUCACUCACGCACAGUACAGCUGCCCUCCAGGACACCUGAACCAGCUGGCACAGGAAUCUCACACGCACCAGCUGCAGCAGCCCCAUCUCAACAUGUGGCGGCUAGAAAUGUGGAUGUGCAACCAAGAACACAACCCAUUGCACCUGUUUCAAGAAAUGUGCCUAGAGUAGCUCCACAUCUGCCUCCGAACCCAUCAACAGCAGGAGCACCACCGGUGACGUCUUCAGGGCCGGUGGAGGCAGGGUUUGGGGACAUGCCCAGUGCGCAGAGACACACCAGUUCAUCCCUGUCUGCGCUGCAAGCUCAGCCGUCUGCUCCAGUGAGGCCUGUAGGAGUUGCAGCCCUGAUGUCCCGGGGUGUUGAUGGCAGGAGGGACGGAGACAGGGGGGACUGUGCACAGGAGAACAUUGCAGCAGUUAGAGAACCAGCUGUAACAGCACUGCAGAAUGUGGGAACACCACCACAAGAACAUUUAGAAAUGGCGACGGAAAGUGUAGAAACUUUACCAAGUGAGGAUGAAGACCCAAUUACAGAGCAGACACUAGCGAAACAACGAGCUCUUGAAAGUGAGGUGGACUGAAGUAGACUUAAAUGGACAUAUUGUGGCUGUUUCAUAUGGCAGACAAUGAAGACAAUGCAGCGGUCAGUCAGUGUAGACAAUGAAGACAAUGCAGUGGUCAGUCAUUGCAGACAAUGAAGACAAUGCAGUGGUCAGUCAGUGCAGACAAUGAAGACAAUGCAGCGCACAGUCAGUGCAGACAAUGAAGACAAUGCAGUGGUCAGUCAGUGCAGACAAUGAAGACAAUGCAGUGGUCACUCAGUGCAGACAAUGAAGACAAUGCAGUGGUCAGUCAGUGAAGACAAUGAAGACAAUGCAGUGGUCACUCAGUGCAGACAAUGAAGACAAUGCAGUGGUCAGUCAGUGCAGACAAUGCAGCGGUCAAGACAGUGCAGACAAUUGUCAGUGACAAUCAGUCAGUGCAGUGUGUUGGAGGAGGUAUUGUUUCCGAGCAUCUGGCCACAGAUUACCUCACGUCAUGUAGAGUAUGUCCGGCGUGAAUCACGGAGACAGCCACCAUAAUACUGCAGUGGUAGAAACCAAUUCAUUGUAGUCACCUAAGAACACAAGUCACCUAAGAACACCUUCAAUGUACCUUAACCAUUAUAACCAUUAUUAAUUAUGGUAGGGGCAUAAUGUCCAGAAUCUUUAAGUGGCAUUUAGAAGCUGUAGUAUUGAAGGAAGACAGGAUUGACAUAUGGAUGCCAAUUAUAUGUUUUCAAAAUAUGUUGAUACAGGUGCUUGUACCUUCAUGAAGCAAGUUACCUGCACCUAGUUAGGACACAACUGAACAGCAACACUGUCUCCGGAGAUUGGGCCUCCUAACUUGCCUGCCAUAUUGAAUAUGUCAUGUUUGCCGAUUUCUCAGCCAUUGUUUUCUGUACCAUCCAAAUUUUUGUUCUCCUAGACCGAACAGAAUUUUACUAGACACUGGCUUUGGAGUAGACAUGCAAGUGGCUUAAGUCGCAGACUGUGAAAGUCAUAUGUAGCCACUUUGUUUAAGGCUAAGAAAUAUAAUAGUGUUGGUUCACUGGCACUGCUCUCAUCAUCAUAAAGUCUGUUGCAUGUUUCGUUUUUAUUUCCAUUUUAAAAAGAAUCAAGAAAUCUCAAUACUUAAAAACAGUGCGAUCUAAAGUAGCACACAGUUACUUCCCUUUACAUGCCCACUGCUUUAGUGCUCAUCUCGUGUGAUGGUCAUGGCGGCAAUAGGAGUUUGUAUGCUUGUUCAUGUAGGGAGGCCCUUUCCCAGGUUGAUGGUACACCACUGUUAAUUUGGUUACAUACUAGUUUGAACAACCCAAAAAACACCUCCCGCUGCACUAGUUUCAAAAGUCAUUGCCUGAGAACCAAUUCUUUUAUUGUUUUAAGCCUAUCGUGACUAGUUGAUGAAUGGAGCUGCUAUGUUGAUGGAUGACCGCCAAGUGUAUGGGGGAAAGGGAUUACCCUGAUAAGUGAUGUCACUCUCUAACAUAAGUAGUAGCAGAAUGUCACGAGCGAUUGGGAAUGUCGAGCUGAGUUUUGUCCUGUUAAUACCAUUGGUUUUAAUCCUUCAACACCAUGUCCAAAUUUUGCUUUCAUUUCUCAUCUACCAGGAGGCAGUAGUAUGAGGAUUUGCCCACGAGGGAGGGACAUGUCUGCCACACACUGACAUCUGGUCAUUAUCUUCACUUGCAGAAAACUGAUGCCUUGGCUACCAGGUGCUUAGCUAUAUAUUGCUUAUUUAAUUUAUGGUACAAUAAACUAACACAGCUAUCAGCUUGGGGGAUGCUUGGAUUAUUCCAUAUUGUGUUGUGGAUUUUAUUUGCCACAUUUAGAAGAAUGCUUCGAGUCAAGGACAUGCAGAAUUAAUAUGAUGCCUGUUGAGACAAUCUGUCCUAUUAUGUGGACUCAAUUUUUGUUUGUUGCCGUGGCAACCUUGCUAAAAAUGCAUCAUGCAACAGAUAUCUUGCUCCCUUAAGGGUUUUAGAUAGAACUGUAGAAGUUGUCUUAGUAGAAGCAAGGACACAUCAGUGACUGCUGCUGUUUGUUUGUUUUUACCAUAUGUCAUAAUACGUAUGUGAUAUUUCCUCAAACCCUGUAGAGGAACACCCUUGCAUCAAAAUACUGUGUGCUCAAUGGGCAGUAUUAAGUAUUUCAUAAAUAUGUUUAUCUUGUGUAUUAGAACUCCUAAGUCUGGCGAUGAUUUAAACAAAUACAGCGCAGAUAUUGACUGUAUUCUGUGGUUGUUGACUGGAAGCUGACAUGUUGAAGUCUGAGACACCAACAUACAUUGUUUUGAGGUAUGAAAUAUUUGAAAGAGUUUUUCAUGUCUAACGGUUCUGUUUGCUGUUGUUGUUUGUUGAAUGGCACAUGGACGUGAUAUCCUAAAUCGGUUGAUGUUUGGGCUGAAUCUUUCUUCGGUUUCUUUUGGCGAUCUAGUAUUCAUGAUCCCGCAAUACACACAAUUCAGAGACUAAAGAAAGUUUACUUCCGGUGGUUGAUGUGUUUCUUCCACGGUGAUGAAAAUGUUGAAGUGUACCGGUAAUUGUGCUUUUAACACACUGAGGCCUGUCUUGUACAGCGGCACAUUCGUUGUUGAUGUAGAUGAUGUGCUCUGCUGGUCAACACUCAAUAUAUUGAGUGAACAAGUGAGUUGAUUAAUUGCAUCAGCACUUUUCAGCUAUGAGGCAUCUCUGAAUAUUACUACUCAAAAGAAUUCAAAGAACUCGUAGGAGGCGACUAACGCGAUUGGGUGGUCAGGCUCGCUGACUUGGUUGAUGCAUGUCAUCGAUCCUCAUUGCAUGGAUCAAUGCUCAUGAUGUCAAUUACUGGAUUGUCUGGUCCAGAUUUGAUUAUGUACAGUCCGCCGUCAUAUAGCUGGAAUAUUGCUGAGUGCGGCGUUAAACAUCAAACCAACCCAACCAAUCAAAGAACAACCGACUUCUUCAUAUGACUAAAGUUACUCUGUUAUGAUCGGUUGUUCAUAACCUCUUUUCAGUAGUAUGUUAUGAACUCCAUUAGAAGCACUGAAAGAUGAGAACUGUUAUUGUUGUUGAUUGUUGUUGGGAUUAAUAGCCUUCAUAAGGCCAGGAUGUAUGACAUCGUUGAUUCUGAAAGCUGUCUGACAGAUCAGAGAAAGAAAGAUGUCUGUGAUAUUUGACGGAGGAUGCCCAUUAGUUGUUGUAGCUACGUGUUGUAACAAUCAAUCAGUUUGUGAUUAAGGUCCUGGCAUCUUGGUGCUGAUGUGUGUCUCAAGACUUAUGUGUAUGUGAGUGUGUGAAUCAGGGUUUAACUCUGCUGGUUUGAGUAGUGGAAACAGCUUGGGAAACCAAAGCCUGUGUGGCCAAUCCCGACUAUAGGGAUCAUGACCCAACCCGCGUCCUCCAACUUCCUCAAGACUCUGAGAGAGGCAAUGGAGGGAUAGUGUAGGCAAACAUAACUUACCAGCUCAUUGAUAAUGCAACCACUGGUAGAGCUUGUAGUUCUGGAACUGGACUGACGUAUGCUGUGAGGUUUUUUAUUGAUGCCACCGACAGAUCAGUCCAGAUGAAGGGUGUCCCAAAUUGAUUUUAUGCACUUGAACAUUUCUGGAUGGAGAGUAUUUCAGUUGUAUCAGGGCUGCCAUCUUGGUGUGAGAGGAAUGUUUAGAGGGAUGCAAGUCAGACAUUUUCCACUUUGGUGAAACUCACUAGCACAGACAUGCUGACAGAUCAAGAAUAAUAUUUUGGAAUCUCAGACCAAGUAGAUUCUGGUUCCUAAGGGACUCCACUCUUCAUAGUAAAUUGUGACAUACUAGAAAAUUAGACCCAGUGCUCACUGUCUUAUGUUGAUUAUGUAAUGAAGAAAUUGACCGAAUCUGUUGAUUCUGGAAGUAGAAUGAGCGAUCGAAGGGACGAGUUGUUUCAACUUCCAGUGAUUUCUCAGAUUUAAACCAUGUUAUGGUGGAUAUACAAUGACCUAUAGUUGUGAGGUGAGGUGAAAUGGGGUUUAACCUCGCGUCCAAGAUUAUCGCACUUAUAUAGCGACGUUCCUAUAGUUGUGUAAUUUUACUUGUUAAAGGCCAGGGGGGCAGUCCGGUAGCCUAGUGGUUAAAGCGGUAGCUCGUCACGCCGAAGACCCAGGUUUCGAUUCCCGACAUGGGUACAAUGAGUGAAGCCCAUUUCUGGUGUCCCCCGAGGGGUGAUUGCUGGAAUAUUGCUAAAAGCAGCAUAAAACCACUCACUCUAGAGAACGUAAAAGGCAUUCGAAAAUUGCAGAUAAUUACAAAAAUACAAAGAGGUGAUGGUAAAGAAUGGAAGAAGGACGGACUAGGUGUAACAUGACAAUCACAGGACAUGAUGGCGGUGUUGUAAGGGCACAACCAACCUUUAAGACGGAACGAUUGCGUGAUAUUGCUGGAAUAUUGCUAAAAACGUUGUAAGACCAAACUUACUCACCUUCUGUUAAUGGCCAGUGAAUUCCUGGCUCAGAAUAAACUGCAAUGACAAUAGCGUGAUGCCAUCCUGAUAAUUUGGAAAGCAUUAACACAUUAUGAGCUGUCGGCAAACAGUCCAGUGGUCACUUGCACAAAGCAAUCUUAGCGCUAAGAUCAUCUUAAGCCUAUGUUAAAGUAUGGGAAUUACAAUCAUCUUAGCGCUAAGAUCACUUUGUGCAAGUGGGUCCAGAUGUGUCCACACAUUGCAUAUACAUGAUGACCUUCAGACUGUUUUUGCUCAGUUUACUUUUCCUGACCAUGAUGACAUGCCUGCAGAAUGAUCUCAGUACUUUCAUUGUCACAUCCUAGCAGAAAUGUGGAACAUUCAUUUAUAUUUGCAUGAACAUUUCCUAGACCUGAUAUUAUUUUGAGUGAAAAUAUGAGUAAGUGUUUGGAAUCCAUUGGCACCCAUGGUGGUAUGCGAUAUUUGAAUAUUCGUUCAUCCACUGCCGACCAACUGUGAGGGCUUGUGUGAGUGAGGGAUGUUCCUCUUUUUUCCAUGACACACAAGUUGAGUUCUGUUUAUACACCUGGAAAAACACCACCCCUCCUAUAUUUUCAUAUAUAUCCCAAACUUCCUGGAUGUAUGUCUAGGAAAUAACUAUAUAACACUGAUCUCAUGUCCAAGAUACCACAGAUACCGGUGAACUGUUGGUACAUGGUCACGUUGUGUCCCCCAAGGUCGCGAGUGAUGGAUGACAUUGUAUGACUUAAAAAACAGAGCAGGGUAGACAUUUGACUUCUGCAUACCCGAUUUUGGUUUUUGUAUGUAUGUCACAAUAUAAACAAAAGCAAAUGAGUCAGAAAAUAUAAACACAAUGCGAUUUUGAGAAAUGGUGAUUUUUAUGUGGAAAUUUAUAGAAAUUGGUUCUGAACUAUUUUCCAAUUAUUAAGAAAAGAUACUUAGUUGUAUCUUUUUGUGACAAUCUGCUGCCAUCAGUGAAAGUGAUGUGCCAUGUUUGUGGAGUUGAGUUUAUGCAGCCUCCAUCAGGAGUUUGGCCAUUCAUGUCUGUCUGUGUCGAACCUAUGAACAUCACUGUAAACUUAUAUUUGAACACCUUAGCAACAGCUAUAGCACUUUUAUUUGAUCCUGUAUAAGAAUUUGAUCAUAAAUCGUUUUGUGGACGAUAAUGAAAGCUUGCUUUUAAUGUUUCAACUUAAUAUAGUUAAUCUUUUGUUGUUUUGGAAUUGUAUUUGUUUGACUACAAUUUAUCCUCCAAAAUAAGAGCAAAACUAAUAAAACAAUACUUUUUAUACUUUGUUUAUUUUGUGCGCUAUAAUGGAUAAAUAGUUGUUCAAAUUGCAGUAUUAGCCUCCAUGGUCUAGUGAGUAGAGGUCUGCACGGAGACCACCUCCGUCGUCUAGUGUAUAGAGCAUCUUCAUGGAGACCACCUCCGUGGUCUAGUGGAUAGAGCGUCUGCACGGAGACCGCCUCCGUGGUCCAGUGGAUAGAGCAUCUGCACGGAGACCGUCUCCGUGGUCUAGUGGAUAGAGCGUCUGCAUGUAGACCGCCUCCGUGGUCCAGUGGAUAGAGCAUCUGCACGGAGACCGUCUCCGUGGUCUAGUGGAUAGAGCGUCUGCAUGUAGACCGCUUCCAAGGUCUAGUGGAUUGAGCGCCUGCACACACACACAUACACACACACACACACACGCACACACGCACACACGCACACGCACACACACACGUGCAAUAACCUUGAACGUAACGUUAAACCCCAUUUCACCUCACUGAUAUUAGUCAGAACAAUAUUCAGUACAUACAGGAUACACCUGUGGGUUACCUGGUAGUGUAACAUUCCUAUAUUCAAGUCAUCUUUCCCUACUAACAUUCUAGAUAAUGUAUGCAUGUGAAUGUCACACCCAGGUAUUAAUAGGAAAUAGCCAGGUGAACUGGCAAGGAUGUCUUAUGAUUUAUGAGUCGCUCGAAAUAAAAAUAAAUAGCUGUAUCAAUCAUUUAUUUAUAUAUAUGAGAGUCACAGCUGGCUUCUUAAAAUCACCGAUAGUGAUAUAGACAUAGAAUAUUUAUUUAACGUUUUAUUUUGUAUAAGAGGGUCUAUGUUACUUGCGAGAGACAUGAUAAAAAUAAAUUGUUUUAUGUUUAAUUUAUUUCUUUUGCAGCUGCUUUUCAGUAGGGGCGUAAUAAAAAUUGUGUGGUCUUAUUUACAUAAAUAUUGAGACCUAUUCUUUUUGCUGUUUCAUUGGAUUUACUCUUCCACUUAGAGCACAUUCAUUUUUAAUAUGUCAUUCAUGGAUUUAUUUUUUUGGUAAAUUUAUUAUGGAUUUGUACAGAAUAUGUGUUAACAGGUUAACAGAAUGCAUGACUGUGUAUAUUUGCUUCAAGUGCUUUUGUAAAAUGACAUAGUUAAGUGCCAUCUUUGUACGAUACAGGUAAUAAACAUACUAAACAUAA